AAUUAAUUUUAAUAAUUUUUUCUUUAUAUACAUAUGUACUUUCUUUCACUCACUUAACUGGCUUUUUGUACCCACUUAGUUUUUUUUUUUUUUUAUUCGUUUUCCACUGCACUCAGCCUGGGGUAUUUUGUUUUCACUUAAUUUUCUGUUAAUUUUUUGUUUCCAAGGUGCCGUUCCUUAUGUCUCGAAGGACCAUGUAAUAACUCCGCACUCACCUUUUAUACCACAAAAUACUUUUCCAAAAAAAAUAAACGUUAAUGUAUAUGCACCCGCGUGAAGUUGAUAAAAAAGAUGGGGAAUGUCCCAAUUUUAAUUUGACAAUAGUGAAUAAUGAUUGUCUAAUAUAACUGAGGUAGAACUCCGGUCGCACGUGGAGUGAAUAACUCGCGAAAAAGAUGCGCACUAAUCGAGUUGGCCGAAAGUCGAAAAAAAUCGCACGGGCGUACCAGUCGCUGUGAAGGUCAAAAGCGAAGUGCAUUUGCGAUCUCCUUGUUUAUUCCUUUUCUCCCUGUGGUGUGUGCGAUCAGAUGGUGUGAUGUGGUUGGUUGGUGUACGUGUAUGUGGGUGUCGAUGUGUGGUGCUCUCGCGAGUAGUGUGAAAUGUGGGUUGUAAGCGUUGAUGGUGGGUAUGGUGAAGCUGCGUGUCGGUGUUGGGAGGUUGAGGUGAUGUGGUGUAAUAGUGUGGUGUAUGUGUGGAUGCCGGGGGAGGAUGCUCAUUUAUACAAUAUUUAUUUCAUUAGAGGCAAAUAUGUGCCACGAAGUUUGUAACACCCAGAAGGAAGCGUCGGUGACCCUAUAAAGUAAAUAUUUUAAUGAUCAGCAUGUUGAGCUGAAUCGAUUUAGCUAUGUCCGUCUGUUUGAACUAGUCCCUCAGUUUUUAAGAUAUCGUUUUGAAAUUUUGCAAACGUCAUUUUUUCUUCCGCUGCUCAUUUGUCGGAACUGACCGAUAUCAUAACAUAUAGCUGCCAUACAAACUGAACGAUCGGAAUUAAGUUCUUGUAUGGAAAACUUUCACAUUUGACAAUGUAUCUUCACAAAAGUUAUCACGGGUUAUUUUUUGCAUUUGACAAGAUAUUAUACGAGUAUAUUCACGAAAUUUGGUAUAAAUUAUUUUCUAAGGCAAAAAUGUAAUCUCCGAAGAAAUUUUUCAGAUAGGAUAACUAUAGCAUGUAGCUGCCAUACAAACUGAAUGAUGGGAAACUUGCUCAUUUGAUGAUAUAUCUUCACGAAAUUUGGUAUGAGUACCAACUACUGGAGAUAAAUCGAUAUAAUUUUGUGAAGUCAAAGAAAAAUGUUCGUGCUUUAUUACAAAUAUUUUUUCGUGAUCCUUAUGUUUACGCGGAAAAUAUUCACCUUUAAUAAUCUGCAAAAAAUUUUUUGUUCCUUCAAACCAUUUCAAAGAUAUUCAAUUUUUUGUCCCCCUACCUCUCUUAAAGCGUAUGGCACAACUAUCAUUGCGCAGUGCGCUCGAAAACCCCCGCCAUCUGUGUCGCAAGAAAAGCAUAAGCGCAUUGCGCAACGAUGGAUGUGUUCAUACGUUUUAGAAGCGGUGGUUCUGCAAAUUAUUCGUGGUUUAUUCUCUAAGGCAACGCUUCAAUAGAAAUUCUGUAGGUCGGAUAACAAAACCUGCUAUACAAACUGAAAAAUAAAAAUUAAGUUCUUAUGUGACAAUAAAUGUUCAUGAAAUUUACCAUGGAUUAUUGCCCAAGAAAUCGCACUGAUCUUCAAAAGAAUUGUUAAGGUCGGACUGCUAUGCAAACUGACCAAUCAAAAUCAAGUUCAUAUACAUAUAGGCAACUUUGGCUAAAUAUCAUCACAAAAUUUUACAUGAAUUACGUUUUUCAUUAAAUAGCGAACCAAUUUUCUCCGCAAUGUAAUAUAGUUUGUAGGUGUAACGAAACUAAUUAAUAUUCUACAUUAUUUGUUAUACCCUGAACAGGGUAUAUUAAGUUUGCCACAAAAUUUGUAACACCCAGAAAGAAGCGCUCGAGACCCUUUUUAUAAAGCCCACUGUAAAUAUAUAUAUGAGACAUAUGUAGUAAUAUAUAAAUAUUAUAAUUUUUUUCCAUUAAGUUUAUGUUAAUAAUAAAUCUUCUUAAAAUUUUAAAUAACUAUGAUCGUCUAAAAGAUAAUUUUUUUUUUAUUAAAUGACCUUAAUGUUUCUAGCAAACGACUUGGCUGGAACUAGAAAAUGUUUUUCUUUGGAUGAAAAUACUAAAAGAAAUGCACGAGUGAAGGGUAUAUUAGAUUCGGUGCAGCCGAGUUAACGUUCUUUUUUUUAAUAUCACCUAAAACUAAGCGAGGCAGAUAUAGGGUUAUGUAUAUAGAAAUGAUCAGGAUGACGAGAAAAGUUGAAAUUCGGUUGACUAUCUUUCUGUCCGUCCAUCCGUACGUGCAAGCUUGAGUAAAAAUUUACCUAUCUAAUGAAACUUGGUGUGUGGGUUCUUUCGUACAAAUAAAAUUUCAAGUUCGUAGAUGGGCGUAACCGGACUACUUCCAAGCCCACAAACCAUCAUUAACCGAAAACAUAUAAAGUGCCAUAACUAAGUACCAAAUUAAGAUAUAAAGGGUCACCUGUGGACAAAAUUUUUUGAAAAAGUUGGCGCGGCCUCGCCCUUUAACAAGUACUAACUACUUAAGGUACAACAAUCAAACUUGCUGAGCGCAAAUAUUAUAAUUGUUUCUAAAAACAGUGUAACAGUGUAACGGUAAUGUUAAAUACUACUAAAAGCGCGAUAAAUCAAUAACUAAAUCCAAAAAAACGGGUGAAGUCCCUAGGUGCCGAAUAUUUGGACCCUGGUACCUUAGUUGACUUUUGAUCGAAAAUGUCGGUCAACGUGUGAGAUACAUCUAUAUAUAUAAAAAUGAAAUGGUGUAUAGUUGUAACGCUAAAACUCGAAAACGGCUGAAUCAAAUGAAAUAUUUCCUUUGGGGGAUUUGUUUGUUAUUACCACGCGCAGGUCAUGUCUUAAAAUCAGAACAAGAUAUUAAGGGGGCGUGGCACCUCCCAUACAAAUUGAAUUUUUCAAGUCGAAUAUCUUCAAAAGUGUUUAAGGUAGGAACAUGAAAAUUGGUACAGAGCUACAGGAUAACAACACCACUCUCACCUAUAAAACCGGGGGCUAUCAAAUAAGGGGGCGUGGUACCUCCCAUACAAACUAAAUUUUUAAGCAGAAUAUCUGUGAAAGGGUUCAAGGUAGGGACCUGAAAAUUGGUAUAGACCUAUAUGGUAUCAAAAGCCUUCUUACACAUAAAAGAAGGGGUAAUCGGAAAAGGGAGCGUGGCAUCUCCCAUACAAACUGAAUUUUUCAAGGUGAAUAUCUUCAAAAGUGUUUAAGGUAGGAACAUGAAAAUUGGUAUAGAGCUAUAGGAAACAACACCAUUCUCACCCAUAAAACUUGGCGUUAUCGAAAAAGGGGGCGUGGUACCUCCCAUACAAUCUUUAAUUAUUUUGGUUGUUAAUCCACCAUAUAUUUAUCUCAUUUUCCACCUAGCACGAUAUUUUGGUUGUUUCUUGCUAUUUUUGUUUAUUUAACGGUGACAGUAGCGGUUAUAUCGGUUGUGUUACGUGCUAUUUUUGGUUUAUGGAAAUGGCAGUUUUAUGAAACAAACACAAAUUAAAUUAAACGUCAAUUUUAUGUUGCAAUCGAACACGCAAAAUUUAGAGGGCAAUAAAAAUGCGCCUUGCUUUACUGAUAUAUUUUGUUUUAAAAAGUGAGUUAUUUAGUGAAAGUGAUUUAGCGUGUUGGCGAAUACUGAUUUAUGUACAUUGGAAUUUAUCAUUCAAUUGAUCUGCUUCUUUAGUUUAAUUCAUUCAUUUUUGGAGUUUUCAAAGGUAAGUUAUUAGUCCGUAAAACGUUAUAUGAACUUUAUGCAAAUGAAUGAUCAUUUCCAAUUAGAUAUUUGUAAGAUGCCAAGAAUCAGUACGUAUGGUAACACUUCUCGGAGUUCCCAGGCCGCAACGUAUGCCAACAGACGAUCAUAGUAUAAUCAUACAAGCGGACAAAAGACCAACAGGGACACAUGAAAGACAAUAUAAUGCACCUACAGUUAGCGAAAUAUCAGUUGUUGUUGUUGGAGAAAAUUUGCAGUCGCGUGAUAUUGUUAUCAAACGAAGAAAUCAAAACACACUAAAACGGAUAAGUGAGACACAUCGGUCUUACGACGCAAUGCAAUAUCUGGUCAUGUUCUGCCGUGGUGUAGACGGAUAUCACUUAGGAUAUAAGAUGAUAAAUCCGGUGAAUGGUUAGUAAAAAAAAAAUUUUGUUUGCUACUUCAUAUAGAUAAUUUAAGCUUUUAGGUAUCGAGACAAAUAAAAAAGUCAGUUCAAUGAAGUUUUACGCAUAUCGAAUGAUGAUUCGCCAAAACUAUGACAACCACUUACUGAGAUAUGGACGGUUAUUUCAACAGUAUGCAGUUGACAUGUACGUUAAAGUUGAGACAGAACGACUUAAUUACAUGCGAUAUAAUCAGUCGAAGUUGCGAUCUGAAGAGUAUAUUCACUUAAGAGAUACAAUGAAUGGUGAUGCGGAUAUUACAGAUAUUGGUCGACUUUAUAUUUUGCCAUCGACAUACAUUGGCAGUCUUAGACACAUGCAUGAGUAUUCCCAGGAUGCGAUGACUCACGUGCGCAAUUAUGGACGGCCGGAUUUGUUUGUUACAUUUAGUUGCAAUCCAAAAUGGCCAGACAUUACGAAUCUAUUGCAUCCCGGUCAAUCACCAAGCGAUCGCCACGACGUUACAGCACGCGUGUUUAAACAAAAACUCAGAUGUUUUUACGAAACAACGUGUAUAUGGCACUGUUCGAUGCUGGAUGUACUCAGUGGAGUGGCGGAAGAGAGGUUUGCCCCACGCACACAUUCUUCUUUGGAUGGUGGAGAAAAUUACACCUGACCAAAUUGAUGACAUCAUUUCCGCCGAAAUUCCUGAUGUUGAAAUAGAUCCAGAGUAGUACGAAGUGGUGAUGGCCAAUAUGGUUCAUGGACCAUGCGGAGAACACGAUCCAUCUUCGGUUUGUAUGUCGGACAGUAAAUGCAAAACACGCUAUCCCCGUGCUUUUAUUUCGGAAACUCAAACUGGAAACGACGGAUACCCUCUCUAUCGGCGUCGCUCACCCGCUGACAAUGGCAGAACAUUCAUCACUCAAUUGAAAGGAAAGAAUUUCGUGGUUGAUAACACAUGGAUCGUUCCCUAUUCGCCAAUUUUGUCUAAGGCAUUCAAAACACAUAUAAAUGUUGAGUAUUGCAGUUCAAUAAAAUCAAUUAAGUAUGUUUGCAAAUAUGUCACCAAAGGAAGCGAUAUGGCGGUUAUUGGCGUUGAACGAGAUGAAAUUAUCAAAUUUCAAAUGGGCAGAUAUUUGAACUGCAAUGAAGCAAUCUGGAGAAUAUUUUCAUUUGCAAUUCAUGAACGCCAUCCUACUGUUGUGCAUCUGGCAGCUCAUUUGGAGAAUGGCCAGCGAGUUUAUUUCAACGCAGAGAACAUAGUACAGCGAACGGAAAUACCACCAGCAACCACUUCAACAAGUUUCUUUGCAACAUGCGCCAGUGAUCCGUUCGCGACAACAUUGCUUUACUCGGAGAUGCCUCGGUAUAAUACAUGGAAUGCAUUGUCGAAGAAAUGGUUGCACAGGAAGAACGGCCAUCCGGUAGAUGGUUAUCCAGGUGUUUUUUCAACUAAUGCAUUGGGAAGAAUUUACACAAUCCAUCCAAGGAACGAUGAUUGCUUUUACCUACGUUUGCUUUUGAUUAAUGUACGCGGUUUAACUUCAUUUGAAUCAUUGAGGACUGUAGAUGGUACCAUUUGUGAAACAUUUCGAGAAGCAUGUCAACAAUUGCAAUUGCUUGAACCGACAGUCACUGGAAUCAAACGCUAGCGGAUGCAAUAGCUUCUUCACCAGCCACUGCAGUUCGUAAACUUUUCGCUAUUAUAAUUUCGACAUGUCAGCCUUCAAACCCGCGUCUAUUAUGGGAUACGUACAAAGAUGACAUGGCAGAAGAUAUUUUGCAUCGCCUGCGAUUAGCGACGAGAAAUGUCGACUUACAAAUGAACGCUGACAUCUACAAUGAAGCAUUAGUCCUUAUUGAAGAUUUAUGUUUACUUAUGAGUAGAAAACUAUUGAUUGAAGUUCAUAUGCCGGCACCAAGUCGUCAAACAAGGGAUUUAGUGAGUCGCGAAUUGGAACGCGAGCGUGCUUACGAUAUAACUCACUUACAACAACAAGUACAAACAAUUGUUCCACUGUUGAAUGAACAGCUAAGCAGUGCGUACAAUCAGCUAAUAAAUGCUGUAGAUAGUGGAAACGGUGGCAUAUUUUUCCUCGAUACGCCCGGCGGGACUGGCAAAACGUUCCUAUUGUCUUUAAUACUAGCAGCAAUACGUGGUCAAGGUGGUAUUGCAUUAGCUCUUGCAUCUACCGGGAUUGCUGCAAGACUGUUAGAAGGUGGAAGAACGGCAUAUUCAGCAUUAAAGCUUCCAUUAAACUUGCAAAUACCCGAAAGUCCUGUUUGCUAUAUUUCAAAGCAAUCAGCAAUGGCACAAGUUUUAAAAAAUGUAAGUUAAUCAUGAGGGAUUGCACAAUGGCCCACAAACGAUCAUUAGAAGCACUCGACCGAACACUGACAGAUUUGCGCAACAAUAAUCGUUGCUUUGGAGGAGUGAUGAUAUUACUGUCGGGCGACUUUAGACAAACACUUCCCGUGAUUCCAAAAUCAACAGCGGCGGAUGAGCUAAACGCAUGUCUGAAGUCAUCGCAUUUGUGGAGGUUUCAUUGACCAUGAAUAUGCGAGUUUUGGUGCAAAACGAUAGAACUGUGGAGGUCUUUUCAAAAGAGCUGCAGCGAAUCGGAAAUGGACAAGUUCCGAUAGAUCCUUGCAGUAGAUUAAUAUCGAUUCCAACUACGAUUUGCCAAUUCACAUCUAAUAAAUAUGAACUAUCCAGUAGUGUAUAUCCAAAUAUUGCUUAAAAUUAUGGUAACUACGAUUGGUUUAGCACGCGCGCAAUUUUAGCAGCAAAAAAUAUGGAUAUCAGCGACUUGAAUUGGACAAUUCAUAAUCAAAUUCCGGGAGAUCUGCGGUCAUAUAAAUCAAUCGAUCGCGUUGAAAAUGAAGACGAGGUAGUAAAUUACCCAGUGGAGUUCUUAAACUCUUUGAUGCCGCCUGGAAUGCCGCCUCAUAAUUUGCGUCUCAAAGUUGGGUCUGUAGUUAUUAUGCUACGGAAUCUUCAUGCUCCCAAACUGUGCAAUGGUACUCCACUGAUUGUGACCAAGCUAAUGGACAAUUUAAUAGUGGCAAGCAUUUUGAAAGGCCCGUUCAAGGGAGAGGAAUGCUUACUUCCCCGAAUUCCAUUAACUUCAACAGAUUUGCCAUUCCAAUGCAGACGUUUGCAGUUCCCAGUGAAACUUGCAUUUGCGAUGACAAUGAAUUUAGAAAUGUCUUGCUUUUCACAUGGCCAGCUCUAUGUGGCGUGUUGGAAAACCUUCCCCACUGUUCAUUUACGCCGCGGAACAGAAAAAACAAAAAUAUUGUGUACCGGGCAGCCCUAAACUAAAUAUGUACUAAAAUUAUAUAUUUCCGAGACUCGAUUAAAACUAAUAAAAUUGAAUGAGAAUAGUACAAACUUAAUUUUAUUAAAUUGUCAACAAAUCCUGGAUGCGAUGUGUCAGCAUUAUAAAAAAGAGUAGCAUUUUUCAAGCAAUUAAAUUAAAAAAGCAUUAAUAUACCCUCGAAAAAAAUGUUUAUCAGGCAGGUUCUGGCAAUUCACUUCCGAAUAAAAUUUGUAAAAAUGUUGUCAAAUUAUUACCGGUGUAAUUUUUGAAAUGAAAAAAAAAAUCUAUUUUGGGCAGAACGAAGUUUGUUUGCCGGGUCAGCUAGUAUAUAAUAGAAAUUAAAUUACCUCUUAUAAUGGUAUGUCUGUAAGUCAAAAAUGGGUUUAAUCGGACCAAUACUUCUGUUUGAUUUGUAAGACCAAACGUUAAACUCAAUAAAGAUUCUUUAAAUUCUUACCGCUGGUGGGGGAAAAAUAAAGAUCUUUUUGAGAUGAGAAAUAUUUCGUUCUAAUUUUAUUAUAUUUUUUAAGCUUAUGUACUAUUUUGAGAAUUAUGUGAUAUACACCUCAUGGAGUUGUGUUUAACUAUACAAUUCAAUGCAUGUGUGUGUUAAGUUUGUGGCAUGCUGUAUGGCAGGGAUGGGCACAUUUUUAGCCCGCAAAGUUAGCAAAGUGCGCACGGGGGCUAGAUUAGGGGAAUAUCAGUUUACGGAGAGAAGGGCAUAACAAGUUGAGAAAAAUUGCGAAAUGAAUUACAUUCCUCCGUAACUUGAUGUUCAUCGCAGAGUCAUGGAUAAUAUGAUACGAAACUCUUUGAUUCGAGAGAGAGCUGUCAAAACUCGCAUUUUUUAUAACAUUUGUCAAUGAUGCCACUGCUGAAAAAUAUUUGAUUGGGUAUAUAAUAAAUUAUACAAAACACUAAAUUAAACACUUUGAAAAUGCAUACAUAUAUAAAUGCUAAAAUGCAAAAUCAUUAAUUAAUUUACAUAAACAUUUUGCCAAAAUAUGUUCGCACAGUUCAAUGAAAUUUCAUUUCACAUUAAUUUCGUCAAGUAAUUAUAGCGCUUUACUUCUGGCAUCCCGCCUUUUCUGAAGUCAACUGUCAAAAAUUCCCUGAUCUCCAUCGCUGUCAAAUAAUCAGGGAACGCGUUUGACAGAAAAAGAGAGCCAAUGCUAAAGUUUCGUAUCAUAUUAUCCAUGGCAGAGUGGUUGCGGCAAUACUGACAUUGUACACAAAUUUAAGGGUUAGUUAUAUAUGUGUAUGUGUAGAAUUGUACACAUACAUAUCAUAUCGGAAUUGUACAGUUGUGUGAACAAAAAGGGGUAAACAUAAUUUGCAGAGUUUAGAGUUUCGCAUUAAAAUUUGUUUUUAUUUACCUUUGCAUUGUGGUAAAUUUUAAUCACUGUUAGGAAAAUAUAUAUAUAUGUUAUGUUAUGUAUCUAAAAACAAUUUUAUUUAAUAAGAAAACAGCAUAUGUUAAAACUUCACAACACCUUAUGGUUGUUUCUAUUUUGUUCACACCACUGUACAUGUGAUAGAUCAGUCAAUGGUGGUGGAAAAUACGCUGCUCUCAUUUGUAAAUAUGGAGUGGUAAAACGUUGCUCUUACUUCCCUCUUCAUGUUUGCCCGCGAUGAUCCCCUCACCUAGCCCUCAAAAUGUGCACUCGUGCCCGCACGGGCAAAAUGCCACAGAGGGCUAAUGUGCCCAUCCCUGCUGUAUGGUAUUGGAUUAUUUUCAACUGCAUUGCCUUAAUGUAUAUUUUUUUAAAAGCACAUCGUAUGUAUACAUCGCGCCAAUCGUUUCUUCUUUUCGCUACGUGGCGCCAAUUGGAGAUAUCAAGCGAAGCCGGUCCUUCUCCACAUGGUCUUUCCACCGAAGUGAUGGACUUCCGCUUCCUCUGCUUCCUCCGGCGUGUACUGCGCCGAAUACUUUCAUAGUUGGAGCGUUUUUGUCCAUUCAGACGACAUGAUCUAGUCACCGUAGCCGCUGCCUUUUAAUCCGCUAAACUAUGUCAAUGUCGUCUUAUAUCUCAUAUAGCUCAUCGUUCCAUCUAACGCGAUAUUCGCCGUAGCCAACGCGCAAAGGACUAUAAAUCUUUUGCAGAACCUUUCAAAUCAACCACCGAAAAGUUCAUUUGUACUAAAUUCUUACAUGACGUCUGUGAAGUGAAUUCAAAAUACCAUGAAGAACUCAAUAAUACUAAAGGCAUAAUAAAGGGUGAUUUUUUAAGAGCUUGAUAACUUUUAAAAAAAAAAAAACGCAUAAAAUUUGCAAAAUCUCAUCGGUUCUUUAUUUGAAACGUUAGAUUGGUUCAUGACAUUUACUUUUUGAAGAUAAUUUCAUUUAAAUGUUGACCGCGGCUGCGUCUUAGGUGGUCCAUUCGGAAAGUCCAAUUUUGGGCAACUUUUUCGAGCAUUUCGGCCGGAAUAGCCCGAAUUUCUUCGGAAAUGUUGUCUUCCAAAGCUGGAAUAGUUGCUGGCUUAUUUCUG